GUUGUGAACGAGAUAAUGAGGGUGAGGAUUACAACAACGAAAUUUCUGCUGAACAUAGUCCUACUAGGCAGCUGCAGUGCCCAAAACUUAGAGCCCUUUCAACUAAGUGAAUACUUGAAUGGCUCAUUUCUAGAUUCUGGGUGGAAUGGUACCUGGAUUUCUGAUUCGUCAUUUAUUUUUAAAGAAAGUGGGAACAUUUACAAGGUAGAUGCUGCUGACGGCCAAAAAUACUUGUUUUUGGAUAAGAAUAUUUUCACCGAUUACCCUUCGAGCACACUAACGUUUUCUAACGAUUUAAAAUUUGUCUUAAUAAAGCACAACAUUAAACGAGUGUUUAGACGUUCCGAUACCGCUCAGUAUACAGUUUACGAUAUCGACGAACAGCAGUAUCAUCAUCUCCACAAUGGAGAAGCCUUACAGUACGUUGUUUGGGAUCCUACGCUAAUAAGAAGGUUAGCAAUAAUGCUGGCUUUACUACCAUCAACCUUGUUUGAAUGA